CCGUCAGUGUGUUUCCGGCUGGUGGGGGAGGGGUUUGGACAAGAUGGCUGGAUCCACAGUUAAAGUCCCUCGUAAUUUUCGCUUGUUGGAAGAACUUGAAGAGGGACAAAAAGGAGUAGGAGAUGGUACAGUAAGCUGGGGGCUGGAAGAUGAUGAAGACAUGACACUUACACGGUGGACAGGCAUGAUUAUUGGACCACCAAGGACAAAUUAUGAAAACAGAAUAUACAGCUUGAAAGUAGAGUGUGGGCCUAAAUAUCCUGAAGCACCUCCAACAGUUAGAUUUGUAACUAAAAUUAAUAUGAAUGGAAUAAAUAAUUCCAAUGGAAUGGUGGAUGCACGGAGCAUACCAGUGUUAGCAAAAUGGCAAAAUUCUUAUAGCAUUAAAGUUCUACUUCAAGAGUUAAGGCGUCUAAUGAUGUCCAAAGAAAAUAUGAAGCUUCCACAACCUCCAGAAGGGCAAACUUACAACAAUUAAUUUUAGCUGAAUCCCAAACUUGUCUUAAACAACUUCUACUUAUGUUAAUGUCUUGAUUCAAUUUCACAAUGCAAACCACCCACACAUUAAGAGUUUCUGCUGGUGUAUAUGAUCUGGACAUUGAAAGAAUAUAUAUGUAUAUGUAUGCCCCAUAUGUUUUCAGGCACAAUCAGAGAAAAAAGGCAGCACAAUUUUUUCCUCUUUACCAAGCACUAUCAUUUUAAGCAUAAGCCUGAAGUAGCCUAAAUUUGGAACUCCAGUGUUUCAAGAUGAGCGCAUGAUCGGAAGUGUCAGGUUGCUGUGGAAUAAUGUUUCAGAAACUUUUUGCAAGAAGAAAAAAAAAACUAAUGGCAUGCUUUAUCCAUCUUGCUUUAGUGAAAGAGCUGCAGAUUAAAACAAUUAAGUAGCAGGUACUGCAAAUACCAUUGCUCAAUUUGUUUAAUUUUUGCAAUGUGUGGGUGCUGACUGCUAGUAGUGUUUCAGAAUAUGGUCAGGAUUGUUUUGAUACUUGUAUUUAUAAAAUGGGGGAAUGAUUUUCUUUUAAGCAGCUCCUGUGUGUUUCAUGUAAUGGACAUUGCAAAUAUUUGUUUACAGUCUUCGUUCUAAUAAACCAUGCAUUUAAGUUUUAGUGAAACCAACAAACAAAAAAAGGAAAUAGGUGUAUGGAUAUGUGAUUGAGAAUAAAGUUAGUCUUCAAAUGUAAAUAAAAUGUGAAAAAUAUCCCCCGAGGCUGUGCUAUUUCUAAAUUUACACUGGCAGUACCCUACAAGAUUGAUAAGUCAAAUGUUGCUCCUAAUCUUGUCUUAAUUACUCUUUUUCUUGGUAUCUAGGCUGCUGGAGCAAUUUUAGUGGAACCAGUUAUAUUAGACUCUGCAUGUGUUAUUCUUUUUCUUUAAUUUUGAACUAAAUGGCCCUCUAAUUGUAACCUUUUUGCUUUUGUGAUGCUCAGUUCGUAUGUUGAAUUCUUAAACUCUCUUUGCUAUUAGCAGAUAUAGUAUUAAAAAUAAUAAGAGGGGAAAGAUGCAACUCCUUGUAAGUAUGUUGUAGCUGACUUUUUAGGUGCUUUUGUGUUUUGUGCAAUUGCUGCUCGAUGGUUCAAGGAGCCUUAGAUGGACAUUAAGGUGUUGAAAAUUCAUUCUGCCUUAUAUUUUUUUCCCUUUCAUAUUGAUUGAAAUACGCAUGCAAACCCCUUCUUCUACAAAUAGAUGUCUGUUAUUCAUAUGCCAGCAACUAAGGUACUAUCUAGGGUACAAGAAGCUUCUGAUCUGUGUAGCCAUUGUGGAUGGAUAAUUUAUUAGUUCAGCCUAAUCUUGUUUGCAGGAUGUAAAUAUUAAUUCUAAAAAUAUUUUAUUUUUGCCACCUUUGUUUUACAUGAGAGGAGACAUUAAUUUAGGAAUAAAUUCUUUUUUUUUCUUUGUUCCUUUUAAAUUAAUGAACAGGGUAAGCAGCUGUUUAAGGGAUGCUUUCUGCUAAAAAAAUGUUAAAAUUUUGUUUCAUGAAUUGCAGUUUGCAGCUUCUACCUUCAGAAUAAAUGGAAAUCAAAAGGUUAAUUCAUAUUUUCAGAUAUAUUAAAAGUAAACAGCAGUUUCUUCAUGAUGUGGCCUUCAUAACUACAUGUUACACGUUUUAUAUUUGGGUAUCUAUAUCUUACAAAUUGUCUUAUAGGAAAUUGCCCUAAAUAUACACAUGGUAAGUAAGCCUAAAACCUGAGUUCCCAAAUGUAUUUUGCUAGAUUAUGAGCUUUCUGAAUGUAAUGGAACUUAAUUUUUUAGUGUGUAUGUAUUAUAUUUACAUGCAUACAUUCUUUUAUCAUAGCUCCUACCAUUUUGAGAAAAAACCCUCCACUAUGAUAAUCUAAUCAUAAGAAGGCUUUCUUUUUGAAAAAUUCUGAUAGAUACAUUUCCAAAGUGACCAGCUUUUCCAUUUUCAUUCCACUAUAAUUUAUUGAUACAUAAUAUUACUCUUUCCUUGAUAAGGAUUAUAUCUGGACUUAAUUUGAUAAACUAGGAGUAUAUAUAUGACUGACUACCUGAUUCUACAUACAAGAUCUAGAUCACAUGAACUGAGGUGCCAGGAGUGAAAAGUGUGGAACAGUAUGACUGGGCAGCUGCAAAAAACAACUGGAGGAGCCUUGAAGGUUGAUGAAUUAUUCCCCUAAAGCCACUUUGUGCCUUUUCCCUUUAAAGCUUGGCAACUUUUCAGUGUAAUGAUAUUAAUAAGUUUAUAAAAACAAAAUUCCUUGAGCACAGAGCCAUGUAUAGACAGGGCAACUUGACAUCAGCCUUAAAUUAUCUGUUUGGUGGUGUAAAAUAUGUAUAUGAGAUAACAGUAUAAA